GUUCAGAGAGGGGGUGGGGGUAUGUUCCGUCCUGGUCUAGUUCUAAUCUACCAUAUUUGUCGGUAAACUCCCAGCAUAAGAUGACUCUCCAGUGGACUGUGGUGGCUAUCUUCCUUUAUGUGGAGAUAGCUGUCAUUCUGAUCCUUUGUCUGCCUUUUAUAUCUGCCAAGAGAUGGCGAUCACUGUUCAACCUGAGUCUAUGGAACUGGUUCACUCCGUAUUGGAACAGGGGAUUCUUUACCAUGAUACUCAUCCUCAUCAUUCUCUUCUGUGUGUGAUGCGGCGUGUGGUGACUCUGAUAAACCAGGUGGCCAUCGCUACGGUAACAGGGACCAGCCUGCAAACCCAGGCGGAGAGCGCUAAUCAGGCAGCCAAGAAGUACCAGGAGGACAACCUGCUUCUGAAACAGGCUCUGCUGGAUGAGGAGAAAAACACAACUGCAGGCAAACGGCUACUGAGGAAGGAGGCAGAGAAGUUGAUGGAGGAGCUGAAGACUGCAGAGGAUGCUGUGCGUAAGUCUAACGCUGAGGUGGAGGCCAUGAAGAGGCAGGCUAACGGUCGUACAAAAGGAGUAUGACAGACUGUUUGACAGAGCACAACGAACUACAGAAUCUUCAGGGUGGAGCUGGACACAAGAAGGAGCAAUAAGGACUGGAUCCAAAUCGUUGAUCCAGAUGACUAGUGUCAAAGACAGAAGGUAGCCAGCCACAAUGACUUCCCAUGGAUACCAGCUAUUCAGCUGAGCAACUCUUCAUUCAUCUCUGUCUUAUCUAUACUGUACUGUGCAUGGGGAAAAAGGUACAGUUAUUCAACACUUGUUAUUCAAUGUAUCCACGUGCAUUUUUAUAUUUUAACUAAGAUAGGGAGCUAAAAUUGAGUCGUGUUUGAAGAAGGAACAGAGGAUUUUGUGUCUGUAAACGUAUGGUCUUAAAUUCCUUCUCUGGAGCUCAUGUAAUGUCCUUGGUUAAUUGCUUUGCCGUUUUAAAUCAUAGUAUAGUAUAUUAGUACUUUAAAGUGUAAUACUUGUAUCGUAUAUACUCAAAGUGCAUUAUGCUAAUAUGCAGAGCAUUCAGCUUAUGAAAUGCAAAAUCCUGUUUUACAUCUGUACCAAGUGGGCAAAACUGGUUGAAAUAAUGUCACUGUUUACAACCAGAACUGGUUACGUGGAGGGUAUACCCUCAGAUCAACUGUGAAUAUGUUUUUGCUGAGUACCAUGAAGUGGCAUGAUCCUCUUGUGUUCAAAGAUUAAAAGACAAACAUUUGAAGAAA